AGUUAGAUGCGAGAGAUGAUGACUCCUGACCUGAGAUCGUGAAGAGCUAGUAGAAAAAAAAUGCCAAAGAUAAAGCAUUAUAUUGGUAUAUUGGUAGCCGCUGCCGUCUGUGCAAACAGGAUAUGAUUUUGGAGAUACAUGAAUGCAACAUUGACAAUAUGAGUGUUUGUUUGCCAGAGAUAUGAGAAAUUAUUGCGAUUGUUUUUCAAACAGCUUCGAUUGUCCUGAUUUGGAUAUGAAAAUCUUAUGAGUUGGAUCACUACAUUUUCUAAUUCUCCAGUUUGAAAGUUCGUAGCGUUUUCCUGAUAUGAGCCUUAAUAUUGAGGAUGCAAACACGGCAUGCAACUGUUAGCAGACAAUUGGUUUGGCGCGCAGCCGAGUUUGUAUAUUUCACCUGCACGCGAGGAGGUUUUCUCACUUCUCGCUCAAGAACGUGCAUGUGUUGUUGUUCUCGUACCCAUGAACAAGGCGUUGAACUCCCUUUCGAGGGGUAAUAACCCCAGUGGUAGAGGGGCGUGCGGAACGGGAGGGGUGUAAGACUGCCAUGGAUAUAGGUGUGGACGUUAAUCAAAAUCACGAAAAGUUCUUUGAUAAAACUCUAGCCCACCACAACGCAUCGACAUCGCAUCCCUCUUCUCCCCGUAGUCUGAGAAACGAAUCACCCACCGACCCUAAGAAGACACGGACGCUCGAAGACUUCCACGACGACUCCGCAUUUGAUGAACAAGCAGAUGACCAGCAGGACGAUGAUGACGACGAUGAUGAUGGAUCUUCCAGUACCAGCAGCAAAGAAGGAUUUGUAAAAAGGCGUAUUGAACGGUGGGAGCGUCGACUAUCGCAGUGCGACGACAACGACGUCACCCAAGGCCAGGCAUCGCUUGAAUUACGGCAGCGGGGCCAGCCAGCACCCGUUGUCAUACCCCCGACUUUUCUCCACGGGUCCGUGUCGUUUCGUGGGAAUUCUCAAGCGGAAAGCGAGCUUUCUUCAAUAAGGUUGAAUGUGAUUCAAAUGAAAGCGGACUUUCAAAUGACUGAACUCAAAUUGAAAUUCGGCAAGUGGCAAUACGACGUCAACAAGGGGACGAACCAAACUGUAAGGCCACAGAAGACUCCCCAACCUAACAGGCCAAGCGACAACACCUCUUUACCAGACGUACCCGAAAGCAUGGCGACGAGGGGUCGAGGAGACGUCAUCCCGAGUGUUGCACAACACAUCAGCCUUGCAUCAUUUGGGAAUGAUGGUAGUAGGCGAGGUACAUCAGGGCAUCAACUGCCAGUGGACCAAAGGAUAUUGUCGUCUUACAGAGGACAGAACCCCCAUAUCACGAUGAGCCAAUCGACACCUUCAUUGGGACCGCAUGGAGGUCAAAGUAAAGUCUCGACUACCACAAAGACUAAUCGGACAAUAGUGACAACGCAAAGUCAACCAACAAAUAGCUGUGGUUUGGAAGAGAUGGCAUUGAAACUCAGGAAUAUGAACAAACCAUUAGAGCAAGAACAAUCGUCACCGCGACGUACACUGGUGGCACCUUUGAAAUCUUUCACAGAUAAUCAACAUAUUUCAGACAGAUUGCGUGGCAGCAGUGGGAUUGACCCCAGUGGUUACCAGAAGGAACACAGGCAGGAUGGAAGGUCUGGGACAUCGAACAUGCGAACAUCUCAUACUGUUCCCAGCCAUGGAACAGUGACCCAAAGUGGCAUUCCUGUCCGAAAAACGGCCACAGAAGACUAUCAGCACAGGUCAGGGCGGUCUGAACCCUCGAACAUGCAAAUGUCUAAUAUUCCCAGUCACAGAACAAUUAUUCAAAGUGGCGUCCCAGUGAGAAUGUAUAAAGCCGCACCAGAUGAUUAUCGAAGGGAUGACCAGAUUUUACGCAACACUCAAACAUCUAAAAUGCAAACUGCUGAUACUCUGCAUAACCCCAGAACAAUUGUUCAAAGUGGCAUCCCAAUGAGAACAAAUAACACUUUAUCCGAUGGUUACCAAAGGGAUCACCGCCAAAGGUUGCAUACUUCCGAUCCCUCAAACAUGGAAACGUUUAACACUAUGCCCAACCCGAGAAGUAGCGCAACCAUGGGAACCAAUAAAGCUGUACCCGAUGGUCAUUAUAAGGAUAACCAGCAGAGGUUAAAUAGUUCCGAGAGAUUGAACAAACAAACAUCCAAAGUUAUUCCAAGCCCCAGAACCGUGGUUCAAAGUAGCAUACCCAUGAGAAACAAUAAAGCUGCACUAGAUGGUUAUCACGUUGAUCACCACCAAAGAUCAGGGAGGCCUCAAACCUCGAGCAUGCAAAUGCGUAAUACCAUUCCCAGCCUCGGUACAACGGUCCAAAGUGGCAUUCCGGUGAGAACUUAUAAAGGUGAAUCAGAUGACUAUCAGAUGGAUCAAAGGCAUAGAACUGGGAGGCCUGAAAUAUCAAUCAAACCUUCAUCGCACAAUGUUCCCAGUUCCAGGACAACCGUACAGCAAGAUUUCGUGGCUAAUGCAAACAGAGGAAAUUCCCAUCGACAUCACUUGGACCAACAACAAAGGUAUGGAAGGUCAGAAAUCUCAAACCCACAGGCAACUCAUAGCAGUCCCAACACCAGGACAAUCAUCCCAAAUGAACUUGACCCGAGGGCUCAUCAAGGCUCAACCUAUGGCUAUCAAAGAGAUUACCAACAUAACUUUGAGAUAUCUGGAACGUCAGCAGUACAAUCGACUCAAUCCAUUCAACAUCAAAGGACAACCAGGCAAGAUGACAAUUUUACAAGAACAAACCUAAGUGAAGCCGACAACAAAAUUGAUCGCGAGAAGUUACUCAAUGACCUCGGUGAUAUACUUCUUGAAGAGUUAAAGCAACAAGAACAAAUAGAAGAGGAGAUGUCUUCAGGUGGCGCUUCCGAUGGCUCGUAUUAUGACUAUGAAGAUUCGUGGGACAUGGACACAUCUGAAUCCCCUGUAGACACCAAUGAUAUUGGCACUCAGUUUGAUUAUGCCGAUGAAGGAAUUUCCCAGGAAUCUAUCAGUUCUUUGGAAAAUGAGAUUCAGUAUUUAAUUGAAGGAAGCGAUGAAACCUUUCGAUCUUCAGAUAAUACUUUUGAUGUUUGCACACAGGUUUCUGUUUUGACAUCUCCGAAAGCUAAUGGAACCCCCACUGACGCCUGUCCUAGAGAGGAUAAAUUACAGGAUAAGAAUCAGACAUCAAUUAAGGUAGUAAACACUGAUGAAAAUCGAGAAGAAACCCACUCAAUAACUCAACUUACCGAGGAAAAGGAUGCAAUGAAGGGCAAUCAAUCUAGCAAGGAAUCCAAGGAAGAUAUAGUACCAGUUCUCAAUCAUCCUGACAGUUAUCAGGAGUUUACUGUCGAUGUAAAUGGUGUUGACGCUUUGGAUAAACUUGUCAAUGAAUGCAACGGAGCUGUUGUGGAACGACCUGAGCGAGCGCCAGAACCCUUAUCCGAAGUGGAUGAAGCGUUAACGAGUAGCAAUACCGAUUUAACUGAAGCAGUUGGGGAAUCGGUACCCUACGUUAAAGCUUCCCAUGAUAUCUCCCAGUUGGAUUCUAGUGGUUCCCAUCAUGAUGGCAUGCUGGGAAAGCCAACACCAAUUCAGAAUAGUGACGCCAACGAAAUUGUAAAAGAUACAGAGCAAACGAUAGAAUCCUUUCCUCAAGCAGAUGAAACAUCAAAGGGCAACAAUAAGGUCUUUGACAAUAUAGUUGUUGACAAGGUAGUACCAGGCGUUGGAUCUGCACGUCAUAAUUCAGAGUUAUGUGCCAUUGUUGCUGACCACGAUGAUGUGUUUACUGCUAUUGCCGCACAUCUUGAUGACGCACAAGAAAAACUGACAUAUGAAAAGGACAUUUCCGAAAGGACGAAUAAUAAGGAACUUCUUAUUGAUAGUAACAUUCACAUCUCAGGCAAUGAUAUCAAAUCUGAUCAUGUGGAUCCUUCAGAGCAAUCAGUAGACGCAACUACCCAAGACCAAAUACCCAUAGAGAGCCAGGCAGCUGCUGAGAAAGAAGUGGAGGAAGAAAUCUUACACCUGGAAAUUUCUCAUGACGUCCAAAGUAACGCCGAUUGUGAACAAAGUGAAGGAGUGGAGAUACUGACUCAAGAGAUUAUCAACAGUGACCUAGUUGAACUUGAUGCAAACAAUGAUUUACCAAUAUGCAGUGAUCCACCAUCUGCUUUACAUAUAUCGGAAGGUAAUGAGUAUGACCAUACGGACCUGCUGACGGAACGGGAUCAGGAUCAAGAAUCUUAUAGACUGGAUGACCCGACUAAAACUGUCGUUGAAGAAGUUGUGCAAAGUCUCAAGCGUCCGCAUGAUGAGAAAGAGCUUAAUGAUGUAGACCGUAGAAUUGCCCUUAAAUCGCUUUCAGAAGAGCUAUACAAUGUGAAUAACCCGAAAGUUUCUGCAGAGUACGAAGGAAACCUGACAACAUCCGAUGGACCCAUUUCUUAUGACGACAAGACAACGGUUGAAGAUCACUUCUGUAAGACUCUUACCGAGGACAGCAACCAGCAAUUUGAUUUGUCAAGUCUCUCAUCACCUGUUGAAGAAGGGAACCCCGACUUACCUCAAACUAACAUAAUAGCAGUGUGUGAAGACUCUUGUAAUGGUUCUAAUCAUGUCUCAUAUACAAGAAAAGAAGAGGAAACCAAACCGAAUGAAAAUAUUGGUAGGGUCUCUUUAGGUUCAGAUAACUCAAUUUCUGGAAAUGAUUUUAAUCCUCCACAAUCAAAUCGCUUUUCCUUUUCAACGCCUGUCGAGAACAAGAAUGAGUUCAGCGAGGAAAAGAGUCAGCCACUACAAGAGCCUUCUGGGGAUCAUGAUUCUUUAAUAGAUGAAGAAAAAUCUGAUACUGAUCCGAAGAAACGUGACCAAUUUAGCGAUGACCUGAAAUGUCAAACAAAUAUCACAGUCAAAGAGACCGUGGGAAGGGAAUCUUUGAGUCCGAGGAGAUCCAAAAUUCCAGUACCAAAAUCAACACUUACUAGAAGCAACAGUUUGCCCACUCGAAACCGUAUGAAUCAAGAUCAUGUACACACGAAAGGCGCUUUAAACAAUGGAUUGGUCAAUGAGGGGUCACCCCGUGUCGACAUAAACACAACAUCACCAACCUCUUUUAACUCUUUCUCUUUUGUACAUAAAAGCAGCCCGAGGUCCGCUUCUAAAACAGGAAAACAGCAGAAUAGCCGUAUACCAAUACCAACGUCGAAUUUCAAGAGAAUGGGAAGUUGUCCCGAUCGUUCCAGGCCCAAGAUUACAGGAUUGAAUUCAGUAUCAUUAUCGAACAGGUCGAAAGUAAAUACAAAUAUCCCAGUUUCUAAAAAGAACACAAGUAAGACACGUUCUAGAGACAUUAAUGUUACUGAAGCACUUGCUAUUAAUGAAGAUGCAAGAGCUACCGCAUCUUUCACGGAUGUUGAGCAAUCACCUGGGGAAUGGAAAUCAGGGAUACAUGACUCAAAUGACCCGUCAAUCUCUUCUGGUGACAUGCCAGUUGAUCUUGCUGCAGAUGAUAAACAGUCAUUGGAUAAUCAUUCAUCAGAAACGGAUGACUUCAUCAAACGAGCGAAACAAAUUUUGUCGAGAAUACCAGAUUCACCAACCAACACUCCAGUGACUCAAAAUGCUCCGUUUGAAGUGAAAUCAUCAGAUCGAGGGGACAAGGUACAGGAGCCAACAGAAGAACUUCCUGACACAGAUCAUCAGCCCAUUUCAUCAAAUGAAAAGGACGCCGAAUUCCUAUCACUGGAGGCAGAGGCAGAUGAUGAUACAGCAAGUGAAACUCUUACUCUUCACUCAGAAAAUGAUUUUGAUAUUAAAAGCCCCUUGCACGACGAAGUUCUUAGAAUCGAAUUAUCUGAAAUCGAGCUUAUUGGGUUUGAGUAUGAUAGCCAGAAAUCUCCGAAUUCUAGGAUACCAAUUCCGCAGAGGCCUCAUAAGCCAGACCAUAUCGAUGCUUUAUCAGAGGAAGGAAGUGUACCCGAUGACGAAGUUGUUAGUGAUGUUUCUGGCAGAGAACGUUCGAUAGCUAGGAUCUCUCCUAUGCCUAGGGAAGAUGGAGGUGACGUAACACCAAUACCAAAAAUGCGAAAAUCCUUCAAGUCGAGGAUCCCACUCCCUUCUCCAAUAGCAAUCAAACCACCCCCGCGUACAAAUAGAAAUCGCUCAUACUCUGAGACUGAUGGAGGAAAUGUCAGCCCUCAUGAAGAAUUUGAUGAGGUACGUCAAGAAGAGUCUGAUGAAUCUGAUGAAACUGAAAGGGAUCAUCAAUCGGAAUUCGAGGAGGGGCGGAAUUUUAGAAGAACGCAAUCAUCUCGUGAAGUCAGACCUCGCGGUAGCUACUGGGCAUUUAAAAACACCCCCAACCUUGCGGUAUCAGAUUUUGAACGUUCACAGACGCUAAGACCAAGCCGUUCAAGGAGUACUGGUAGGAAAUCUCCAGCAGGUACUCCAAGAAUAACACCAAGAGGUACGCCCAGGUCGACACCGAGGAGCACACCACGAGAUACGCCUAGGAGCGGAACUCUGAAGAGGCAACAGCCUCAUUCCAAAUCACCACCGACCUUUAAAUCUCGAGAAUGUGCCUUUGUGCCACUUCCUGAAUGGAAUCGCCUGAGAGAAGUUCUUUCUUCAGGUGAACAAUCCAGGCAGAGCACCCGUCCUUCAAGUCCUUCGGAGUUCAGCUACACCAGCAGAAGGUCCUCCAACGAAUUCCCAAGAAUGCACUCUCCGAGAUGGGAAACCCCUAUAACAACUCCGAAACCGAGCCGUUGGAGAGUCGACGGUCGUGUCCCAGCACAUCUAAAGAAGAAAUACUCAUCCAUGAACGACAUGGGUGAUUCCAAGGACCUCUAUCCAUCAGAUCAAGACUUGACUGAACCCAAUACAGUCAAAGAGGAAUUCGACUCUCCUUGGAACAUGCAGUUCAAAACCAAUAUACCCUCAUCGCAAUCUUUACCUCGUACUGAUAGAAAUGAGGCUGGCAUGAAUAGAGCUCAUCAACAGCAAGAAAGGCAAUUCCCGGACAAUAUUGGAGGUAGAGGGCGCUCACCUUGUGCUUCCGAGACGACGGAGAUACCCAUGUCCUCUACAGGAGACGUCUCUGCGAUCUGGACUGAAGACGAUACCCUGCAGAGCUCCAACUUUAGUCUUCCGGCAGGAGCUAAGAAGAAAUCAUGGAAGCGACGUUUAUCAAUCAGGAAAAAGAAAUCAGUAGACCCUUCAAAAGAAGAAGAAGGUAAAGAACCGGAAGAGAACAAGCGGGAAAAGAAAAAGAGGAGAAAUUGGUUGCUUAGGUUCCUUGGAAUCCGGAAAUAGCAAAUCUAGUCUACUGCAAAGCCUUUUUAAUGUUAUAUAAGUGCCAAUGAUUGCAACAUUAAAAUAUGAUAUCAGCCAAGUCCAACAAUUUUUCCAUCAUACGGGUCAGUUGAGGACUUGUUUUCUUUCAUCCUCUAUUACCUAUACGUCCUUCCCCUUUAUCUUUUCACAAUCACCCAUAAUAUUGUGUUUGUUUUUACUGUCAAAGUCUAUUCUCAUGGAUUUCAACAAACGUUGAUUCUACAAGAUAUUAUUCAUAUGGAUUCCAUAAAGGUGAACUGUUUCUGCAAGUUACCUGCAACCCUGUUAAGGAAAUCGACUUCAUUUUUCUAGCUGCUAUUUUGAGAGCGAAGUUGGCUCAGUCGGUAAAGCGCGUCUGUCUGUAGAACGAAAGGUUGUGGGUUCGAGUCCACACAGGUUGGGUGACUGAAGCCUGCGUUGUGUGUUAACGUCUCUCCCCUGUUCCAUUGAUGCAGGCUAUGUUAUAGCCGAAAGCACUCCGUCCCUCGGAUAGGACUUUAAAUGGAUGCCCCAUGUAGAGGAGAG